CGAGCUUGAGAGGAGUUCAGUAGACAGAGGUUCUCAUCCCCUGCACAGAAUCAAGGACUCCAGACACAACCAAACUUUUCCAUCUCUGUUCACUGGUUCCCCUACUAGCGAGCAGUAGUAAAUUUCACCAGCCUUUUGUACUGUAACUCAAAUGGAGACACUAGAUUAUAUCAAAUCUAAUCCCUACAAUGGAAGAAGCCAAAAGCCAGAGUUUGGAGGAAGACUUUGAAGGACAGGCCACACAUACAGGACCCAAAGGAGUAAUAAAUGAUUGGAGAAAGUUUAAACUAGAAAGUGAAGAUAAUGACUCAGUCCCGCCCAGCAAGAAGGAAAUUCUCAGACAAAUGUCUUCUCCUCAGAGUAGAGAUAACAAGGACUCAAAGGAGGGAUUCAGCAGAAAGAUGAGUGUUCAAGAAUAUAAACUAAUCCACCAAGACAAAGAAGAUGAAAACUGCCUUCGUAAAUACCGUCAGCAGUGUAUGCAGGACAUGCACCAAAAGCUGAGUUUUGGACCUAGGUAUGGGUUUGUGUACGAGCUGGAAACUGGGGAGCAAUUCCUGGAAACCAUUGAAAAGGAGCAGAAAAUCACCACAAUUCUUGUUCACAUUUAUGAAGAUGGCAUUAAGGGCUGUGAUGCUCUAAACAGUAGCUUAACAUGUCUUGCAGUUGAAUACCCUAUGGUCAAGUUUUGUAAAAUAAAAGCUUCUAAUACAGGGGCUGGGGACCGCUUUUCCUCAGAUGUGCUCCCCACACUGCUCGUCUACAAAGGUGGGGAGCUCAUAAGCAAUUUUCUGAGUGUUACUGAACAGUUUGCUGAAGAAUUUUUUGCUGGGGAUGUGGAGUCUUUCCUAAAUGAAUAUGGGUUACUACCUGCAAGAGAGAUACAUGCCCUAGAGCAGACCAAUAUGGAAGAAGACACUGAAUAAGGAUUCACUGUGUCAGCAUCUCAUAUUGCUCCUUUACAUGCUGAAUGUUGAUUUUGGUGGUAUCCCCAUUUCUUUAGAGAACAGCAAGAAUGCUCUAUUCUAAUUUGGAAAAAAAACAAAUUGACACUAAAAUUAUAGGACUAGCAUUCUUUAGUAUUAGUUACUCAAAUUAAUACAAUGCUUUACUACAAAACAUUGUAA